ACGACCUACUACCUAAACUAUCACACCUACCUAGAAUGAUGGAGGACGACGUCACAUCAAUGGCUUCGGCCGGGACGGAAUCACCCCACCUGGUUAGUGGUGAGUGAGUGAACCACUUGUCCUACUCAAUUCCCGACAGCUGAGUGAAUAAUGUCAGGUCAUGUCAGGUUGUCUCAGAAGAUCGGGUCUUGCUUGCUGCUGCCUGUCUAGAAUACUAUAAAACCAGUUCCUUCGUCGCUGUUUCCUCCGUUUAGAUCUGUCAAGUAACACAACAUCAACACUUCCACAUUUACAUCCACUUCCACUUCCACUUCCACUUCCACUUCCCACCUUCCAACCACCAUCAACUCUUUACCCUUUCUCUCCCUCUUCGUCACUUCCUCUACCUCCAUCCUUUACGUCCCUGCAACUCCUCCAAUCAAAAUGUCCAACCCCACCAUCCCCGAGACCCAAUGGGCCCAGGUGAUCGAACAAAAGGGCCAACCGCCGGUCUACAAGCAGAUCCCGGUGCCGAAGCCGGGACCGGACCAGAUCCUGAUUAAGAUUCGGUACACGGGGGUGUGCCACACGGACCUGCACGCGAUGAAGGGCGACUGGCCGCUGCCGCUCAAGCAGCCGCUGGUGGGCGGGCACGAAGGGGCGGGCAUCGUGGUGGCGCGGGGCGAGCUGGUGACCGAGUUCGAGAUCGGCGACCACGCGGGCAUCAAGUGGCUGAACGGCUCGUGCCUGGCCUGUGAGUUCUGCAAGCAGGCCGAGGAGCCGCUGUGCCCGCACGCCUCGCUGUCCGGAUACACCGUCGACGGUACCUUCCAGCAGUACGCGCUGGCGCUGGCCAGCCACGCCUCCAAGCUGCCCAAGGAGGUGCCGCUGGACGCUGUGGCCCCGAUUCUGUGUGCCGGCAUCACCGUCUACAAGGGUCUCAAGGAGUCCGGCGCCCGGCCCGGUCAGACCGUCGCCAUCGUCGGCGCCGGCGGUGGCUUGGGCUCGUUGGCUCUGCAGUACGCCAAAGCCAUGGGGUUGAGGACCAUCGCCAUCGACGGGGGUGAGGAGAAGAAGGAAAUGUGUCAGAAAUUGGGAUCCGAGGCCUACAUCGACUUCACCACGACCUCCGAUAUCGUCGCCGACGUCAAGGCCGCCACUCCCGAGGGUCUCGGCGCCCACGCCGUCAUCCUCCUGGCCGUGGCCGAGAAGCCUUUCCAGCAGGCCACCGAGUACGUCCGCUCGCGCGGCAGCGUCGUCGCCAUCGGUCUGCCCGGCAAUGCCUUCCUGCGCGCCCCCGUCUUCAACACCGUCGUCCGCAUGAUCAACAUCAAGGGCAGCUACGUCGGCAACCGCCAGGACGGCGUCGAGGCCGUCGAUUUCUUUGCCCGCGGCCUGAUCAAUGCUCCCUUCAAGACCGCUCCCCUGAAGGAUCUCCCUCGCAUCUUCGAGAUGAUGGAACAAGGCAAGAUCGCUGGUCGCUAUGUCCUCGAAGUGCCCGAGUAAUCGGUUCGUUCAUGAUCGAUCGAAACCCUUAUCUCGCUGGACCGGGAUGGUUCAUCCGUCUUUACGAAGGAGACGAGAUUUCUUUUCCCUAGCUUGUGCUUAUUGCCCUUUCUUCUCAUCCUCUUUCGAAUCCCCCCCAUCGAUGCUAAACAUACAAGACUCAAUGGGGUAAAUCUUACGAUCUAAUGUAUCACACACAGCAGCAGCAGCAAAUCAAUUUCCCUGGCCAUGGAAUUUUAAUGGCGUAUUGAAUUAACUAGCCCUUCGAGGUUCUAGUAUGGAUUCCACGUUCGAUGGUCACGUAGUAUGAACAUGAAAUAAAACCAAGCUUGUACCACCUAUCCCUCUAAAGUAUCACC